CUUCAACAGGACCCAACACAAUAUUCUUCUGCUGUAAUCUCCACGGCAUAAGUACAGUUAUGGCAUGGCGUCUGAUGAGUGAGGAGCAGUUCCAGUGUUCGAUCUGUCUGGAUGUGUUUGUAAACCCUGUGACAAUCUCCUGUGGGCAUACCUUCUGUCAGACAUGUGUAACCCAGUACUGGGACAGUACAGCAGUGUGCCAUUGUCCCCUCUGCAAGAGGACCUUUAUCAGAAGACCGCAAGUCAAUAUCAACACGACGAUGAGGGAUCUAGUCAAUGAAUUUAAGUCAAUGAGAGGUCCUAACUCUGGUGUGGCCCUGCCUGGAGAGGUGACGUGUGAUAUGUGCAGUGGGGAUGGCCAGGGUAGGCUUCGUGCCCUAAAGACCUGUCUGGACUGUGGAACGUCUUUGUGCUCGGUUCACCUCGAGCUCCACCAGAGGGUACCCCGGCUUCAGAGACACACACUCACGGAACCGCUGGAGAACCCAGAAGAACGCAUGUGUCAGAGGCACCAGAGGCCGCUGAAGUUGUUCUGCCGGGAUGACCACGUGUGUGUGUGCGAGUUCUGCACCGAGGGAGAACACAAGAGCCACAACAUGGUUCCACUAGAGGAGGAGGGCAACGAUAGGAAGAACCAGAUGGGGGAAAGUAGAGUAGAGCUGCAGCAGAUGAUGAAGGAGAGACAGGGGAAGAUCACAGAGAUCCAACGCAACAUGGAGAUCACCAAGACAAGCAAAAAAGAGGAGCUUGCCCACUUUGGUGAGCUCUUCUCUUCGCUGGAGGCGAUCCUGGAGCGCAGCCGCUGUGAUCUGCAGGGGGCGCUAGAGACCGAGCAGCGCACCAUGGAGACGCAGGCGGAGAAGCUCAUCAGACAGCUCCAACAGCAGAUAGACACACUUCAGAGCAGAGACACACAGCUGGAGGAGCUCAUACACACACAUGACCACUUCCACCUGGUGCAGGCUGAUCUGUCCUUGUGCCAGACCCCAAACAUCACAACAACCGAUGUGAGAGUUAAGGACAUCCCCUUAAACACAGACCCCUACCUGCAUGAGCUGGAACAAUCUAUUAAAACAGAAAUCAUCAAGUACACUUGGAACAAGCUGUGGUGGAUGCAGUGUUUUGCAGUGGAUGUGACUCUGGAUCCAGACACAGCUCAUCCACUCCUGCGGCUGUCCGAGGACCAGAAGCAGGUGCGCUGUGGCGACCAUUUGCAGAAUGUUCCGGAUCUUCCUGUCCGUUUUGAUGAAAGCAAAUGUGUUCUUGGGAAACAAGGUUUCUUGGACCGGUUCUACUUUCAGGUGAAGGUGGCGGAGAAAAGCAGCUGGAGCAUUGGAGUAACCAGUGAGUCCGUAUCACGUAAGGGAAGGGUGAAAGCAGGUCCGACUACAGGCUACUGGACAAUCGUGCUCAGAGCUGGGAAUCAGUACUUGGCUGGGACAAGCCCCCCUCGGCCUCUGUUUGUUGAAAAUAAGCCCCAGAUGCUGGGGGUGUUUGUGGACUACGAUAUGGGUCUUGUCUCUUUCUACGAUGUUGAAAUGGAGUCACAUCUUUUUUCCUUCACUGAACAAAUGUUCUCUGGGAAGCUUUUCCCAGUUCUGAGCCCUGGUGUCAAUGAAGCAGGAACAAACUUGAAGCCCAUAAUAAUUUCUCCCCUCAGCCAGCAGGCUCAUAUGCUUGCAUUCUUGCAGGGGCUGGGGGCUGCAGCUAGGUGCUAAAUUCAACGACCUCUUUUUAACUUAAGAUAUAAAUGAAUGAAAUGCAAAAGUGAAGAGCAUCAUUGAAUCAAGCACUUUUUAAAGAUGACAUAGAAUAGAAAAAUGCUUUUACCUUAGCUUUGCUGAAGAAGGUGGCCACAAAGCUACUGUGAAACAGAAACAUGGUUUCCUUCUCAUGAAAAUCUUAGACUACCACUAGAAUUACCACUAAAAAAAUCUGGACAAAGACAGACUGUGACGCAAAUGCAGCUAACAGAGACGACUCCCAUCCACAUGUUAGGC